GUCUGGGCUGGAUUUGGGUGUAGACAACUCGUCCGUUACGGCCUCCCCCCUGCUGGGCUCCGUUUGGGAAACGGCAGAGGCGGGGACGAAGAGUUGUAGCAAGGCAAGAAGCUGCGAACAAACCCCAAGGGAAUGUGAAAGUCAAAGCCUGAAAUCCCGCUCGGUAAGACUUUAAAUACUGCCGCGGUUCUCAUGGAAGCAGAUGGAUUUGUGAGAAAGCGUCGAAUGACAGCGGAGACCGCAGGCAGUGAUGCCGGGGUUGCAGGAGCCUCUGCUGGGGCAGAAGUUCGAUGGUUAGGGGGCAGAUUCUGGGGAGUUUCGGAAACUAUCGUGAGCAGCUUGACGCCGCGCAUCGGAGGGGAAUCGCAGCUGGAAAGUGUGGACGUUGUCUGCGCGGCUCAAGAUGCACAAAUAGAGGACUUGGAACCUGACUAUGAAGGUCUGCCACAGGGAGCUUCUACUAGCACCCACAUGUUGGCUGGAGCCGUGGCUGGGAUCAUGGAGCACUGCCUCAUGUUCCCCAUCGACUGUGUGAAGACAAGAAUGCAGAGUCUCCAGCCUGAUCCCGCAGCCCACUACAAGAAUGUGAUGGACGCUCUUCGCCGGAUUGUAGCUGCCGAGGGAGUCUGGCGACCGCUAAGAGGCCUGAAUGCAACUGCCAUUGGCGCUGGGCCUGCUCACGCUCUUUAUUUUGCCAGCUAUGAGAAACUCAAAAAGACUCUAAGUGAUACCAUUCAUCCAGGCGCUAACAGUCAUUUGGCUAAUGGAGCAGCUGGUUGCGUUGCCACAUUGCUACACGAUGCAGCCAUGAACCCAGCUGAAGUUGUGAAGCAACGCAUGCAGAUGUACAAGUCGCCCUACCGGGGCGUGUUGGACUGUGUUCGUGCCAUCUGGCAUAGAGAGGGUCCCGCUGCCUUUUACCGCAGCUACACCACCCAGCUCACCAUGAACGUGCCAUUCCAGGUUCUCCACUUCAUGACCUACGAGUAUCUCCAGGAGCUCCUCAACCCCCACAGACUGUACAAUCCCUCAUCCCACAUGCUGUCCGGGGCUUUGGCCGGGGCAAUUGCAGCGGCAGCCACCACGCCUCUGGACGUCUGCAAGACCCUGCUCAACACCCAGGAGUCUCACGCCCUGAGCUCCUCCGGCCAAAGCCAAGGAGCCCAUAGACAGAUCUCAGGCCUGGUCCACGCCUUCAGGACAGUUUACAGGCUGGGCGGCCUGCAGGGCUUCUUCAAGGGAGUCCAAGCGAGGGUCAUCUACCAGAUGCCCUCCACAGCCAUUAGCUGGUCUGUGUACGAGUUCUUCAAAUACGGACUUACUAAGCACCAGCACAACAAUAUGAGAAUCCAACAUAUCAAGGCUGAGGGGUAGAUUUCUUAUCAGUUUAAUCGCCUCUCCUAUACAUCUGGCCUCGCUGUGGCCGUAUACGCACAUAGAACCAGACUAAAUAUGCCUCAGUUGUCCCAACCUUCUCAGACAGGACAGAUAAGAAAGACACCUUCUUAGCCAGUUUUAAAAGUUUUAUAUCCGCUAAUCAAUUUAGCCACCAGAGACAUUUCACAGUCUUAUCAAGCCUAAUUAUUUUUAAGUAAUUCCUGGGUUCAGGCAUGAGGAAGUGGACAGGCAGUCAGCAGGGGGCAGUCAUGUCACUCUGUCGGGUCUUUGCUUUAUAAUCUUUGUUGUUUUUGCAUCAGAGUUUAAUUAUAACUGGAUCAAGCUUUGCAAAAAACACAAUAAGUCUAGAUUACAUUCAGAGCAUUUAGUCUGGCAUCCCCAACCAAAACAAAAUGUUUAAAAUUAUUACUCUAACAUCAGUUAUUAGUCUUAUCUGUAUUCAGAUGCUUUUCAGGAACCUUUUCAACAGGACCGGUCAAAUUAGAUGAUUAGCAAAGAAGAAAUCCAUAAACAAUUCCCAAGCUACAGUUUUAACGACAGGGGUCCGCUUUAUGUGGCUUUUUUGAGCUUCGAAAAAAUCGUUAUUUCUCUUAUUUCUUAAGUCAGAGUCAGAAAUUAUGACCCAGUGUACAACUUGGCAGAGAAAUACUGUUUAAAGUAAUAAUUUAUGUUUGUGUAUUUAUGCUAAUUAUAAUUUGAUUCUUAGUUUUUUUAUUUUUUUUAUUAAAUGCAUUUUUGGUUUUCCCCACUGCUGUAAUGAGUAAUGACUGUUUUGAGCUUGUGAUCUACUGAGGGUUAAUGUUUGUGCUCAGCAGCAACAGUUGUGUACUUACUGCCACCAAAAGAGGAGCCGAACUCAUAACAUUUCACACAUGUAACCUGAAGCUGUCAUUCUUACUGUCUGAUCUGACUGUUUUUGACACUGAAUUGCACUCGCUGAAUAAACCUUCAGCAGUGGGGCUCUGCUCGCUGUUCAUAAAAGAGAAAA